UAAAGUGCUUGAAUAUUUCAAUACUCAUCCGAAAACAGACAUUGCUUGGAUAGAAUGCGACGAAGAUGGUAACCAGAUGUUUGAUAUAUCUGGAGAACUAAUGCUACAGCUUACAAAGAAAGAAUCCUAUUUGGAGUCAGAAUUCAUCGACUUCUACAUUAGCAGAUUGAAGACAAAGAUGAACUCUAACAGCAAAUAUGACAAAGCGAUAUUCCUGUCGCCAAAAGCAUACAUCUCUUACUUGAAGGAUUACGAAGAAUUCAAGAAAUUUUGGAUUCCGAAGCUUGCGAAGGAGUAUGUCAAGUACAAGAACGAUGCAGUCAGACUUUUCGCCCCAAUGUGCAACAACAACACACACUACACACUGCUGGAGUAUGACUUGAGGAGCUCUAAUCCUUGGUCCUACAUGAACUCGUCAAACGUUAAGGAACUCAAGGGUGAACACCUUCUUCAAGCCAAGAAAUAUGCAUUUGCAAUUACUACAGAACUCAGACUACGCUGUCCUUUUGCUCUUGGGAUGAAUGAAAAUGCCAAGAAUCUCAAUGCGCCCCCACAAGGUACAAUUCCUGACUGUCUUCCAUGUGUAUGCAAUUACAUGAAGAUCAGGAUGAAGAAUAAACCACUUGACAAAAAAUUAACCUCAACUAGGAUGCUAUGGUGGACUGACAAGCUGAACCGCAUGAGAGGAAGCAUGCUAUACAAGAUUCUUUCGGAUCCAUCUAGAGAUGUGUAAAGCAGUCAUUAGGAUUAGAAAAAAUUCUAUACUCGCAAAUAUGUUGUUAGCCACAAACAAAUGUUAGACUUGGAAAAUAUGUUGUUAGAAACU